ACCACCGCAGGGCUCGGAGGUGGCCACUCCGGGCGCUGCUGGGGCGGCGUCUCGUGGGCGCGCCGGGAAUGGAGCGGUGGCGAGAGGCUUGAGGCAGAGGUUCGGGAGGACAGGGCCUGCUUCUGCUGGGGGCCUGUCACUGUGAUUCAGUGAUGGCGGCCCAGGCUACAGAGCGCCGUGUCUUUGACAGAGUCUGACGUCGGUCACACGACACGGGCACUGCGUUGUCUCCCUGUUUUACAAAUGAGAAAACUGUGUGUAGAAAGCCUGUACUCUCUCUCCGGGUGGGAGUGGGCGGUAUGGCCCUGAGCGUGUGUCUGUGAUAGCCCCCUCCCCUGAGCUGAGCCAGGGGCCAAUGGCCAGGGACAAAGCCAGCCCCUGUGAGGUGGACCAAGAGAAAUAUGAUGCUGAUGACAACGUGAAGAUCAUCUGCCUGGGGGACAGCGCUGUGGGCAAGUCCAAACUCAUGGAGAGAUUUCUCAUGGAUGGAUUGUAUCCUUCAAGUCAGCCCCAGCAGCUAUCCACGUAUGCCCUGACCCUGUAUAAGCACACAGCUACUGUGGAUGGCAAGACCAUUCUUGUGGACUUUUGGGACACGGCGGGCCAGGAGCGGUUCCAGAGUAUGCAUGCCUCCUACUACCACAAGGCCCACGCCUGCAUCAUGGUGUUCGAUGUGCAAAGGAAAGUCACGUAUAAGAACCUGGGCACCUGGUACACGGAGCUUCGGGAGUUCAGGCCAGAGAUCCCGUGUGUCGUGGUGGCCAAUAAAAUCGAUGCUGACAUGAAGGUGACCCAAAAAAGCUUCAAUUUUGCCAGGAAGUUCUCCCUACCCCUGUACUUUGUCUCAGCUGCUGAUGGCACCAACGUGGUGAAGCUCUUCAAUGACGCAAUUCGAUUAGCUGUGUCCUACAAGCAGAAUUCCCAGGACUUCAUGGAUGAGGUUUUGCAGGAGCUUGAGGCAGCACCUGCUGGCACAUGCACCGCCGUGGAUGUAUCGCCGCAGGCAGGCAAGCAUAGGGCCAGGCCUCACCCGAAACCUUGUCCACAGAACAUUGAUUUGGAGCAGAAGGAAGAGGAACUGCCAGACCAAGAGCAGUGUGGCAGCACCAAGAGCCUGCCUCCCUCCUGAGCCCGAGGAUGCCUCUCCCUUCACAGCUCCGGCUCUGAACUGAGAAACUUCAUGACCUUCCACAUCCAACCAUCUACAGCCACCCCCUGUGCUGAAGGACAGGGACAGGGCAUCACCAUCCAGACCCUGACCAGGAUUGGAGAUCAAUCCCUCUCUAGGGUUGGACAGAGAAGAGAAUCUUGGAACCUGCUUCGUGUGUCUCUUAAAUAUAAGGAAAUUUUGGUGUUGUUUUUUUUUUUUGUCUCCCAGAACAGUUAAAAGCCCAACCUCAGCAUGAGGCAUUCCUUCCCAUUCCAAGCAAUGGUGGGACGUGGUGCCCGGGCAGCCAGGGCACAGACAUGCCCUUCUCUCCAGUACCUGUGGCUCACUGAUGUGCUUAGUGAUCAUCUUGUACGUCAUUUCCACUGUAUUUUUUAUGUUUUCCUUUUACAAUAAAGAUUGGAUUACAUAACCAUUGAA